AAAAAACAGGACGAAAAAAGUGACCAGCGUGGCUGGAGAGAGGAACAUGUGUGUGGAAGGAGAAGGAAAGGCUGGAUGCCUGGGUGAUGGGCACUGCUCCGAAGUCCAUGUGAUUGUAUAUGUUCACAUCUCGAUAUAGAAACGAUGUGACUAUGAAUCAUCCUCGCCAGGAGAGCAUGUGGGCAGAACGUUAGAGCUCUCUGCUUCAGCAUCCCAAUGUACAGGGGGCUGCUCUUAGGCUGUACCUGUUAGAUUAGACCCAAAGGCAGCAGGACACAUAUAUACAUGCAUGUACACAUCUAGGUCUUUGUGGGAAUAUUUUUUUUGUCUUUUGCAUUUGGAAAAUGUGAAAUUUUUUUCUUCCUGGUAAUGCUAAGAGUGAUCUUGUCUAUCCAUUGAGAAGUGCAUAAUCUUUUAGAAAUAAGACCAGGAAGAUGAAAAGUCUCAGUCGAAGGAUAUGGAUUUUUCAGGAAUUUUAUGCAGCGCUCUCUGUUAUGAUCAGGGAAGAAAAUCAAAUACUGCCAUAAUAGAAUCAUCUCCCUCCUGGACCCCACACCCCUGUGGAAUGUUCCCAAACCAAGGAUCCAGCACUGACUUCCAUCAUUUGAGGGUGAAAAAUAAAAGCAGACGCACAGAGAAAUUGUAUCUGUUCUUCUCUCCUGUUUCUCAUGUCACUGACACAUUGUUUGUGAAAACAUGAGGAGGGAAAUCAUAUGCAAAGAGUGUGGCCUGUGAACAGAUCCCAUCUGACAUCAGCAUCACACAUGCUGUUCCCUGCGAGACAACUUCCUUGGAAAGCUGUGGCAGGGAGCUCAACGGAGCAACGACUGAGCACAGGGACUCUCCCCUGUCUCCCUCUUGAUCUUCGUCCUUGGCAACUCCUUCUUGCUGCUGUCGUGUGGUUUCCAUUAAAUUGUAAGAGCACGGCCAUGGGGGACGCAGCAGCAGCAGCAGCAGAGCAGCCGGAGCCCAGGGGUGCUCACUGCCAGCUCUUUGAUUCCAGCAUGAGGAACAUGGCAAUGAGACUGAGGACUUUCCAGCAGUGGCCCCGCACCGCCCCUGUGUCUGCCCGGGAUCUGGUCAAGGCUGGAUUUUUCUACGUGGGCCCCAGGGAUGAAGUGCAGUGUUUUUGCUGUGGUGGUGUCCUGAAGGACUGGAGACCUAUUGAUUGCCCCAUAAUAGAGCACAUGAAAUUCUUCCCUUCCUGUAAAUACAUCUGCGGUGAGGAUGUUGGGAACCAGGAGGUGCUGUCCCUGCAGGAGAUCUUUGACACUGUGGAUGGGCAGUUCCUGAGUCUCUUGCAGGGGAUAGUCAGUGAGGAGACAGCCCUGCCCAAUGAGCCAGAGUACCCUGAGAUGGUCACAGAGGAGAUGAGACUGUCUACAUUUGAGAACUGGCCUCAAAAUUCCCACAUGCAUCCAGAGCAACUGGCUAGAGCAGGGUUCUUUUACACAGGACAAGGAGAUGUAGUGAGGUGUUUUUACUGUGAUGGAGGUGUGAGGAGCUGGUCCUUUGGAGAUGAUCCUUGGAGGGAACAUGCCAAAUGGUAUCCAGAGUGUGAAUUUUUACUGCACUCAAGGGGGAGAGAAUUUGUUAGCAGCGUUCAGGCAACCUUUUCUACCACCCUGCUGGCUCCAAGACAUUCCUGGGAUCAGACUGAGCAAGACUCCUCUCCUUCCCAAGGAGCUGUUCAGAGAGAGACUGGAACAUCAAGACAAGAAAUGCGAUCUGUGCAGCAAAAGGAACCAGAUGAGCCUCAGCUGAGCACAGAAGAACAGCUCCGCCGCCUGCAAGAGGAGAGGAUGUGCAAAGUGUGCAUGGACAAAGAGGUGUCUGUUGUGUUUGUUCCCUGUGGCCACCUGGUAGCUUGUGGAGAAUGUGCCCUCAAUUUGAGGCUGUGUCCCAUCUGCAGAGCUGUCAUCCAGGGGAGUGUGAGAGCUUUCAUGUCCUGAGCCAUGAUGCACCUGAGGGGAAAGAUAAGUCUGUACAACUCAUUUGUAACUCAGCAGAGGGAGGAAAUAAGUAAAGAGUUUGAUGCUGGAGCAUUCUAAUUUGCAGGGUAGCUUGGCAUAAGUGUGAAAACUCACUAAAUGUGCCUCCUAUGCACAGUGUUCCUAGGAAUAGCUGCUGGUUUGAUGUACUCUUGCUGAUCUUGCUUUAGGACUACUCCAGGAAAACUCUGCUGGGCUCUUUUGUCCUCCAAAUGAGGCUGUUGUUGACAGAGAUUCUCUUCCACAUUUUUGUGUUCUCAAGUGACUCUUUGCUCUGUGUUGAAAUCAAAGGCUGUUUUCAGCAGACUCUCUGGUUCUCUCACUCACUUAGCAGCUGUCUAGAAAUUAUUCUGCUAGGGAUUCCUUCAGGAAGUUUGAUUGAAAAUGGGAGUAUUUUUUGUACAAAAUGCAUUCCAUUGAGACUAGAAUACUCAGCAGCAACGUGUUGUAGGGGAGGGAGAAUCUACCUUUUUCUCCCCUUUUUGUUGAAUCUUCGACAACUGAUGAAAUGUUUCAGUAAUACUCAAAUUUGCAUAACUAAGUGGAAAAGCCUGGCCUGACUCUCCAACCUCUCUGCUCUCAGCUGACCUCCCCAGGUGAAAGGCUCUUUGCUCAGGGUCACUGAAUGGUCUCCUAGAAGCUUCUUAUGGAGCUCUUCCCUGGCUGUUGGGUACUAUCCUACUAGAAAACAGCUCUGGAAAAAUACCUUUUUAGAACAUCUCUUUGCUGGCUAAACUGGUGAUUCUUAUUUAAAAUGGAAUAUUCUAUCACGUAGCCAAAAAGAGUAAGUUUCAUCCACAGUAUCCCUUGUUAACUGAACGGGAAAGGAAAUAUGUUUUUAAAAAUAAACUGUUCUUUUUCAU